AAAGUUACAAGAGGGGAACUUUACUACACUUGGCCCUUCUGCUUCGCCAUAGCGUUACUGAAGUAACUGCGCAUGCGCACAACCCAUUUUCCCGACAUCGAGAGCAGAGCUGCGUCUCCUCCAGACCUUGAAUUGUAAUUUAAACAGAUCACAGUCAUGCUCAGCGGGAAGCGCAUCGCUGAUGUGGGUUAUAAGCUGUUCUCGGGCUCCAUGAUGCUGUUGACGGUGUACGGCGGAUACCUGUGCGUCCUGCGGGCUCAGCGGUACAUGCAGAAACAGAAACAGCUGGAGGCACAGAAUGAGAGCGCGGCUUCAGAAACUAUUAAAGACUGAAGACACGGGCUGUGAAUAAUCACUGGACCGGACACUGAUCAUGUCACACGAACAGAUUGUCAGCAGAGCCACACCUGCGCUCACGACCCCCGAAGGGUUUAUUUUUGCCUUUUUGAGGAGUUCAGUGAGAUCUUCUGUGUUGCAAUAUAUUAAAUACUCCUUGUAAAAUCUA